AUGGACCAUGCCACCGAGUCAACCCACCCAUUGGCUCCCUUUCGCUGCGGCUAUUUCAACCCGGCCGAUAAGAAGGGUUUGGACGGCGACGGCAGCAUCAAGUAUCUAUUCUACACCGACACGCUGUGGCAUCUGAUGCGGGGGACUGACGAAGACAUCCAGGCCUGGGAAGAGGCUUUUGCGCGCAACCUGGACUUCGUGGGCGUCGCGGGUCCCUGUCCGGCCGACAUCCCCCGAGUCAACUAUUCGAUCCCAGGCUACAGUCUCUGGGAACGGGGCCGCUACAGAAUCCCCGAACCCAAGCUCGCCGAAGCCGAGGGCUGGAGCGCCCACGUCUGGGCGAUGAGCUACCCCGAGAACCUGGCUAAACGCGACGGGCUGCCGCCCAUGACACCCGAGGAGAGACUCCGGCGCGGGGUUAGCGCCGGCACGCGGGCCGAGGCCGAAGUGUACGCGGCGAUCCACGACCGCGGCAACGGCGUCGCGCCGCGCCUGCUGGCCUACAUCACCGAGAAGAACAGCGCCGGCCCCGACCGCGUCGUUGGCAUCGCUGUCGAGUCUCAGAUGUUUAAUCGGCUCACUAAUCGCGAGCGUGCCUUUGGCGAUAUAUCUCACAACGAUCACCGUGCGCUCUUGGCCGUUGCGCAGUGCCCGGGCAAUGGCCAGGUCCUCCACGGACGGGUUCCACUACGGCUCGACGAUAUGGACACGAGUUGCGGCGGAAAAGGGGAUGGCCGUGAAUUUACCCGACUGCCCCCAUCGCAGUAG